AAAUUGAACACUGAAGUUUCUUUCAAUGGAAACAGAGAUGUGGAAAGCUGACGAGCGCGGUGGAGCAUAGCGACGUCACUUUCAGAAUGCUUAUCGACUGAAGGUGAAUUGCAGCCCUAUAAGAGUAGAAAUGGAUAGAACAGGGAGAAGACGAGUUCCUUUUUCUUGUAUUAGUCAAGUCAGCUCUGCUGUAUCAGCUUUCAGUUUCGGUGACUCGCGGAAGAAAUGGAGGAAGAGACGGAAACAGUGGAGAACCGAAACAAUCUAGUAUUUGCCGUUAAUGGAGAGAGGUUUGAGGUCUCGGCGAUUCAUCCUUCUACCACUCUGCUUGAAUUUUUACGAUCCCGAACUCCGUUCAAGAGUGUCAAGCUCGGUUGUGGAGAAGGUAUGUCCAACUGCUUUGUUUAUGGAUAUCAAUCUGGCAAGUUGACCUCUAAUGGAUUCUUGCAUUUUUUUUUCCCUAAAUGCUGGAUUAUGUCUGAAGGACUUGGAAAUACCAAAGAUGGGUUGCACCCAAUUCACCAAAGGUUCUCUGGUUUUCAUGCUUCUCAAUGUGGAUUUUGCACUCCAGGAAUGUGCAUUUCACUCUUUGCAGCUCUUGUAAAUGCUGAUAAGACCAACCGGCCACAGCCUUUCCCAGGGUUCUCCAAACUGACAGUGUCGGAAGCUGAAAAUGCAAUUACUGGAAAUCUUUGCCGUUGUACUGGUUAUCGACCAAUUGUUGAUGUCUGUAAAAGUUUUGCUUCAGAUGUUGAUAUCGAGGAUUUGGGGUUUAACUCCUUCUGGAAAAAAGGAGAAACAAAGGAAAUAAAGCUAAGCAGGUUACCUUUAUAUAAAAAUAAUGAUCAGACUUGCACAUUCCCAGAAUUUCUCAAGAGGGAAACAAGGUCCACUGUGAUUCUAGACCACGGAAGAUUUUGUUGGCACACUCCUGUUAGCGUCAAGAAUCUCCAAAGCAUAUUGGAAUCCAGUAAGGCUGAUAAUGGCACCUCAAUGAAGUUAGUUGUGGGUAAUACAGGUAUGGGGUAUUUUAAGGAACUAGGAGAUUAUGAUAAAUACAUAGAUAUAAGAUAUAUUCCUGAGCUAUCAAGGAUUAAGAGAGAUAAGACGGGGAUUGAAAUUGGAGCAGCUGUGACAAUUUCUAAAGUUAUUGAAGCUUUGAAGGAAGGGAAUGGAGGUGAGCAUCCCACUCAAGGUGCCGUUGUGUUCAAAAAAAUUGCAGAUCACAUGGAGAAGGUUGCUACAAGGUUCAUAAGGAAUUCAGCCAGCAUAGGAGGAAAUUUAGUAAUGGCACAGAGGAAGCAGUUUCCUUCAGAUAUUACUACGAUACUGCUUGUUGUGGGUACAGUGGUAGAAAUAAUGAACGGUCUGAGGUGUGAAAAGCUUAGGUUGGAAGAGUUUCUUGAAAGGCCUCCACUGGAUUCCAACAGUGUUCUUUUGAGCGUUAAAAUUCCACAGUGUUCUCCAAGUAUAGAUAUUUCUUCUAGAUUCAAUGGCAAGUUGCUCUUUGAAACAUAUCGUGCUGCAUCAAGACCCUCUGGAAAUGCAUUGGCUUAUCUAAAUGCUGCUUUCAUGGUGGAGGUUUCUCCCUGUAGAAGUUCUGAUAAACUUAUGAUAAACCACUGUAAAUUGGCUUUUGGUGCUUGCGGGAAAAGGCAAGUAAUCAGGGCAUGGAAAUCUGAAGAAUUUUUGACUGGGAAAUUGUUGACUAAUGAAGUUCUAUAUGAAGUUGUCAAAUUGUUACGAGGCACCAUUGCACCUGAUGAUGAUAUUACAGAUCCUGGUUACCGGUUAAGUUUGGCUGUUGGUUUUCUUUUCAAGUUCUUUAGUUCCUUGACUGAGACUGCUGACAUUUCUAAUGGAUGGUUUGGUUGGGGCAAGAAUUCUUUGAUGCCCAAGGAUUCUAAUGGAAAACAGACUUAUGGACAGUUUGAUGAUGGGAAACAUUUAACAUUUCUAAUGUCAGGUCAUCAGGUUUUGAAGUCAAGUAAAGAAUAUGAUCCAGUUGGGCAGCCAAUCACAAAGUUGGAAGCUUCCAUCCAAGCCUCUGGAGAGGCUGUUUAUGUGGACGACAUUCCUUCUCCAGUAAAUUGCCUGUAUGGAGCAUUCAUUUACAGUACAAAGCCCUUAGCACGCAUAAAAGAUAUCACAUUCAGGACAAAAUCAUUACCAGAUGGAGUCUUUGCACUUAUUUCUUCCAAAGACAUCCCAGAGGGCGGGGCGAAUAUAGGUGCUGGAGCCUUUUCUUAUACAGAACCUUUAUUUGCAGAUGGACUUGCUGAGUGUUUUGGUCACCGAGUUGCCCUUGUGGUUGCAGAUACACAGAAACAUGCAAAUGAGGCUGCAGAACAUGCAGUAAUUGAUUAUCAUACAGAAAAUCUGGAACUACCUAUAUUAUCUGUUGAGGAGGCUGUUAUGAAGUCUAGCUUUUUUGAGGUCCUUCCUUUCUUUCAACCGAGACAGGUUGGUGAUUUAUCGAAAGGAAUGGCUGAAGCUGACCACAAAAUUAUUUCUGCCGAGAUCAGACUUGGUUCACAAUAUUAUUUCUAUAUGGAAACACAAACUGCCCUUGCUGUACCAGAUGAAGAUAACUGUAUAGUGGUUUGUAGUUCAACUCAAUCUCCUCAAUUUGUACAGACGACAAUUGCUAGAUGUCUUGGUGUUCCUGAACAUAAUGUUCGGGUGAUUACAAGGAGAGUGGGAGGAGGGUUUGGUGGAAAGGCCUUGAAGUCCAUACCUGUAGCUGUAGCAUGUGCAGUGGCUGCACACAAAUUACGGCGUCCAGUCAGGAUAUAUGUCAAUCGUAAAACUGAUAUGAUAAUGGCAGGAGGAAGACAUCCCAUGAAAAUAACUUACAGUGUGGGAUUCAGAUCUGAUGGAAAAAUUACGGCUUUAAAACUUGAUAUAUUAAUCGAUGCAGGGAUGGCUGCCAUUAUAAGUCCAAUUCUUAUGCCACAUAACAUUAUAAAUGCACUUAAAAAAUAUAACUGGGGUGCUCUAUCUUUUGACAUAAAGGUGUGCAAAACAAACCUUCCAGGCAGAUCAACAAUGCGAGCUCCUGGGGAGCUACAGGGAUCAUAUAUUGCUGAAGCUGUUAUUGAACAUGUUGCAUCUACCCUUUCCAUUGAGGUAGAUUCUGUUAGAAAAAUUAAUCUCCACACAUUCGACAGCCUUAAAAUAUUUUAUGAGGGUAGUGCUGGCGAAUUCCAGGAGUAUACUUUACCUUGCAUAUGGGAUAAAUUGGCCAUGUCUUCAAGCUUCAGCGAAAGGACUGAAAUGAUCAAAGAGUUCAAUAGGUGCAAUAUAUGGCAAAAAAGAGGUAUUUCUCGAGUACCCAUUGUGCAUGAAGUCAAAAAGUUUAACAAACCAGGCAAGGUAAGCAUUCUAAGUGAUGGGUCAGUUGUUGUUGAGGUGGGAGGCAUUGAAAUUGGCCAAGGACUCUGGACCAAAGUAAAACAAAUGGCUGCCUAUGGACUCAGUUUGAUCCAAUGUGAUGCAAUAGAAAACCACCUGUUAGACAAAGUACGGGUUGUACAAGCAGAUACAUUAAGCAUGAUUCAAGGGGGUAUUACUGGUGGAAGCACAGCAUCUGAGUCAUGCUGUGAAGCCAUUAGACUUUGUUGCAAUAUCUUGGUUGAGAGGCUUCUCCCUCUCAAGGAAAAAUUGCUAAAGGAAGUCGGUGCUGUAAAUUGGGACACCUUGAUCAGACAGGCAUAUGCACAGAGCACUAAUUUAUCGGCAAGUUCUUACUAUGUUCCAGAAAUUAAUUCCAAGGCAUACCUAAACUAUGGUGCUGCCGUGAGUGAGGUAGAACUAGACCUUUUGACAGGAGCAGUCACGAUUUUGCAAGCAGAUAUCAUUUAUGAUUGUGGCAAAAGCCUUAAUCCAGCUGUGGAUCUAGGACAGGUUGAAGGUGCUUUUGUCCAAGGAAUCGGAUUUUUUAUGCUUGAAGAAUAUAUCACAAACUCAGAUGGACUAGUCGUUCCUGAAGGCACAUGGAAGUAUAAAAUUCCUACCGUGGAUACCAUACCUAGGCAGUUCAAUGUUGAAUUACUGAAUAGUGGAAAUCACCAGAAAUGUGUCCUCUCUUCAAAAGCUUCCGGUGAGCCUCCAUUGCUUCUAGCAGCUUCGGUUCACUGUGCAACGAGAGUAGCUAUUAAAGAAGCUCGAAAACAGCUUCGUUCAUGGAGCAGCAGCUUCGAGGGACUUGAUUCAACAUUUGAUUUACCCGUCCCUGCCACCAUGCCAGUUGUAAAGCAGCUAUGUGGGCUAGAAAAUGUGGAAACCUACUUGAAGUGGAAAAUUGGUAGAAGCUGAAGAAAUCCAAUUCUCUGGAAUCUGAAUUUGUUAUCUGCUUAUCAUACGGCUCCUUUGGUUAGGCUGUGUUUGGAAUAAUAAAUUUUACUUGUGAAAAAUCACUUAAAAUAUUGCACUUAUUUUAGUUAUUAGACACCUGAAAAAAAUCUACAAAUUGAGUUUUUGGGUAAUUCCAAACAUGGUCUUAUCCUCAAACCCUUUUUGAUAAAAAUAGGGUAGAUUUUAGAAGACUGGUUUUUGUAUUUUCUGGUUAAUCUUUUGUUGAUGUACGCAAGAGAAUCCUGACCAAAAGAAUUUAGACA